AUGGCUCCCAUGCCAGAACCAGUGCUCUUUGUCCGGAGCCACGAUGGUUUGACCAGUGGCGAAAUUGGUGCCAUGGUAGGUGCCAUCAUCGGCUUCACUAUCAUCGUUCUCUUCACGAUCUUCUGCUGUAUCAACCGCAGCCGGGUGCGCCGUCAUCGCCAUCGCUCGGAUGAUGACGAGAUCAUACGCGUAGAGAAGCUCCCCAGGCGGCCAAAUCCAACUCUGCAACACCCGCUCAUGGCCAAGAGAGACUUUAGUAAUGUUGAGGGUGGUCUCAUUCCAGGUGGCCCAAAGUACCCUACCUACCGGGCUCUGCCGAUACCCAAUCCACGGAACAACCCAAAGGUGUCGAGAGAUUAUCGCACCGCUCAUACAUACCGAUACUACUAG